UCACCCAAGGCUGUGACGUAAUCGUACAGGAAAUAUACACGGAGAUAUCCCAGUCACAGGUAAACAAAAAAUGGCGGUUCGGGCGAUGAAGAACUGGCGUGACGCCUCUGGGAUCAUAGUACUUUCUGGAGCCUUAAAAUACGCCAGAGCACCGACACUUCUCUCUAAACUGGGAGAUUUGGGGGAGAACCCGCUAAUUGUCCCGCUGGAGGAGACAGGCAAAACGGAGUGGGAAGUAGCUCUGGUAAAGAGGAGUUCAAAGACCGGAUUCUUCGCCAACAGCUACGUGUUCCCCGGAGGUCGCCUGGACGCAGCAGACAGCUCGCCAGAAUGGCAGAAACUCUUUAGUCGCUCUUCCUCCGGUGACCCUUUCCGCUCCAUCCUAGCUCCAAGCGGCUCCCAUUCUAACCAACGUCUCCCACUGUACAGAGAGGUGCCCCGGGGCCCAAUUCUGGGAGAGGUGGCCUUCAGGAUUUGUGCCGCGAGGGAGUUGUUUGAGGAGGCGGGGGUUUUGCUGGCACGAGAUGAGAGUGAAGUGUCUGCCGUUUCAGAGUGGGUCCCGGGCACCUUUCCUCCAGCGGUGAAGACUCUCGAGAGAGACCAGCUGGAUCACUGGAGAGAUAGAGUCCACAACGAUGCCACAGAGUUUCUCAACCUCUGCUCGGAGUUGAGGUGUGUUCCUGACAUAUGGUCACUGUUGGAGUGGUCAGACUGGCUGACUCCGCGGAACUUCCACAUUCGAUAUGACUCAGUCUUCUACCUCUGUGUCCUCGACACACUGCCUCCCAUCACUGCAGACGGGUCAGAGAUCGUGGACGCAAAGUGGUACACGCCAUCUGAGGCCCUACAGCUGCAUGCCGACUCCAAGAUUGUCAUAACUCCACCGCAGUUUGUCGACAUUCAUGUCCUCAAAAGGUGGGCCUCUCUCUAAAACACAUACUUCAUUUCAUCCUACACCUCCCUCGAACUGCUCUAAAACGUAUGUUUCAGCCUAGGAUCGGUGCCGUGUCUGCAUUCUUAUGCCCUGAGAAAAAAUCUGAGUAGGAGUUUGUACCGCCAUAACAAGAUCAGGAUUCUCACCAAAGACAAAGUCACAGUAUCUAUGAUAGACCUGGAUGACCUCUAUCCUGCACUCCCGGAAGAACUAGCCCUCACUUCACCCCCUCCCCAUCUCCCCCGAUCUCCCACCCUCUCCCACGUCCAUCUCCACCCCUCACAAAGCCCCGCCCACGAGUACGAGUGUCCAACGCACACGGCGGACGAAUUGAGGAACAGUUCGACUCGCCUCUGUCGAAUGGAGAGCCACGGGAAAGGAAACUUCCAACUAUACGACACAAUCAUGGCAGAACAAAUCACCAGCCAUGUUAACGAAUACAACCGUUUUAAGGAGGCCAACCAAUUGACUAGUAGAUUAUAGCGAUAUCUUAAUUUAGCAACAGUGUAAUUACAUUGUAUUAUAAUUAUAGUGGUCAUUCGUGUUUUAUUCGCAACAGAUUGAUCUAUCAAUUCGUAAA